UCCUUCAUCCCCAUGAUAUCCUUUAUUUGUUGUCUUUCAAGAGCUUUCACCAAAAAAAAUUAUUUGUUUCAAGUUCAACCCUUUUCACACUUACUCACAUUCUACAAUAUUUCUGCUACUCACAUUCUACAUUUCUACUAAUUACAUCUCAAACCUUUUUGGAAAUAAAAAAGGUACUAAACGUACUUGUAAUCAUGUGUAUGGCGUCAGUUUCUGUUUCCACGGCUGAAAAAGUGUCAAUUUUCUCAAGAUUACAGAAUAUGUUUCAUCUUAGAAGAAAGGAAGAGGAGGAGAAGAUAACGACAACAACAAAAACAACGACAUCUACUACUACUGAUCAUCGUUGGACGAGUAAUAGUAGUAGUGGUAGUGAUAUUAAUAGCGAGUUAGGGAGAGUGUUUACGUACUUUGACGAGGAUGGAGAUGGAAAGGUGUCACCAGCGGAGCUAAGGAGGUGCAUGAAGGCGGUAGGAGGUGAGCUGACGGAGAAGGAGGCGGAGAUGGCGGUGAGGCUAUCGGAUUCCGACGGGGACGGGUUGUUAGGAUUAGAGGAUUUUACAAAGCUAAUGGAAGAAGAGAGGAAUAAAGAGAGUGAGUUGAAAGGAGCAUUUGCUAUGUAUGAAGAAAUGGAGGGCAGUGGCUACAUCACUCCUAAGAGCUUGAAGAGGAUGUUGAGUCGACUUGGUGAGUCAACUUCUAUUGAUAAAUGCAAAGCUAUGAUUAGGAGAUUUGAUAUCAAUGGAGAUGGAGUUCUUAGCUUUGAUGAGUUCAAAGUUAUGAUGACAACUUAGAAGAGUUCAGAGAGAAACAAUUCUGUAAUAUAUGAUUCUUGGUCUCAUCAAAUAAUGAGAGAAACAAUGCUGUAAUAUAUGAUUCUUGGUCUCAUCAAAUAAUUCCUAAUUAAUGUUUAUCAUUGAGAUUUUU